GCCCGCGGCGGCUCUCCGGCAGCUCUGACGCUCUGCUGGUGGCCGGGAGAAGUUAGUCACCCGGAGACCGAACCAAGCUAGCGUCCGAGCUCGGAUAGGCUGGGGAAUGAGGAGGCAGGAAACCGGGUACCCGGCCCGCUGGGAGGAAGCGAAGGAGCGCGAGGGGCGAGGGGUCGCUUGGGAAGCCGAAAGCCCUGGCUGGUGGAUGGUGUGGCACUGUCUGCAAGGCCAGAGCGCACCAGCAUGCAAAGGGGAAAAACUUGCAGCAGGAACUUCCUACCCAGGCAAGAAAGGCAAGCAAGAAAGAGGCAGGGAGAGACUUGAAAUGUCUCAAUAACUUUAAAAACACACCAAAACAUCCCUCCAGGAGAUGAGGAUGGCAUGCCGCUAUAAAUUCAUUGUUCCACCUCCUCGCAUCUUCACAGCGCUCGCGCUGCUCUCCGCGCUCUCUACGGCCGACUGGGGAUGACGGCGGGCAGGAAGACACCGCAGCCAAAGGGACUCGGACGCGCUACUUCACCGGCUCUCCUCAGUCUGCCCCCCGCAUUUUUGUUUUAAUUUUUUAUGGCUUUUUUCCGUCUCUUUCUUCCCUUUCUCUGGGUUUCAGCAGAGCCGAGGAAACCCACAAAAUAAGAAAGGAAGUGGCUCCGGAGCUUGGAACCUCCGCAGCCAGCCAGUCCGGAGCAGCAAGGGGGCGGGAGGCGGCGCGCACCAGUUGCCCGCCUGGUGCGCGAUACCUUUUUUACUUUUCUUGGUGCAACGACCUUGGCUACAUUUGGGUUUUUCUCCCUUUCCCAUAUUUGCUGAAUCUCCAUCACCUGGCUUUUUCUUUUUUUCUUUUUUCUUUCUUUUUCUUUACUCCCCUUCUUUCCGGAGCACAAAUCCAAACAUUUUCCAAACCAACAAAGAAAAGUUCGCACGCUGGCAUCGCGGCCCGGACAGGCUGGCGCUGCUUCUGGUCCCCCUCCCUCCUACACUUGACUCAACCUUGCAAGCAAGUGUGUGUGUGUGUGUGUGUGUGUCCCCAUCCCCCGCCCCGGUAACUUCCCGGCGAAUAACAAAUAUCCAUAAAGUCCCCGUCGCGCAGCCCCUCCCCGCGGGCAGCGCACUAUGCGGCUCGGGUGGGCGUCCCUGCUGCUUUGCGCGUUCCGCCUGUCCCUGGCCGCGGCCAGCCCCGCUGAGGCACCUGCCCAGGAUAAAGCCCGGCAGUCUCCGGUUGCUGCAGCGGCAGCCCAACCCCGUAAGCGACAGGGGGAGGAGGCGCAGGAGAGGUUCGAGCCUCCGGGCCAUCCAUCCCCCCUGGCGCCGCAGCGCAGGAGCAGCGGGCUUGUGCAGAACAUCGACCAACUCUACUCUGGCGGCGGAAAGGUGGGCUACCUCAUCUACGCGGGCGGCCGAAGAUUUUUCCUGGACUUGGAGAGGGAUGGUUCGGUGGGCACUGCUGGCUUCGUGCCCGCAGGAGGCGGGCUGAGCGCACCUGGGCGCCACCGGAGCCACUGCUUCUACAGGGGCACGGUGGACGGCAGCCCUCGCUCGCUGGCUGUUUUUGACCUGUGUGGGGGUCUUGACGGCUUCUUCGCGGUCAAGCACGCGCGUUACACCUUAAAGCCGCUACUGCGGGGGCCAUUGACGGAGGGAGAGACCGGGCGCGUGUACGGGGAUGGGUCAGCACGGGUCCUGCACGUCUACACCCGUGAAGGUUUCAGCUUCGAAGCCCUGCCGCCACGCGCCAGCUGUGAGACCCCCGCGUCCCGGCCAGGCGCCCACCAGCGCCCCCAGCUGCACAGCAGUCCAGGCCAACAUGCAGCGCUGGCCUCACAGCUCAGGGACCCGUCAGCUCUCUUGCCUGCAGGGGACCCAGGACCGCAGACCUGGUGGCGGCGGAGGCGCCGCUCCAUCUCCCGGGCCCGCCAGGUGGAGCUGCUUCUGGUGGCGGAUGCGUCCAUGGCGCGGAUGUAUGGCCGGGGCCUGCAGCACUACCUGCUGACCCUGGCCUCCAUCGCCAACAGGCUGUACAGCCACGCCAGCAUCGAGAACCACAUCCGCCUGGUCGUAGUGAAGGUGGUGGUGCUGGGGGACAAGGACAAGAGCCUGGAAGUAAGCAAGAACGCAGCCACCACACUCAAGAACUUUUGCAAAUGGCAGCACCAGCACAACCAGCUGGAAGAUGACCACGAGGAGCACUACGAUGCGGCCAUCCUGUUCACCAGGGAGGAUUUAUGUGGGCAUCAUUCAUGUGACACCCUGGGAAUGGCAGACGUGGGGACCAUAUGUUCUCCGGAGCGCAGCUGCGCUGUGAUUGAAGAUGACGGCCUCCACGCAGCUUUCACCGUGGCUCACGAAAUUGGUCAUCUACUUGGCCUCUCCCAUGAUGAUUCCAAAUUCUGCGAAGAGAACUUUGGUUCCACAGAAGAUAAGCGCUUAAUGUCUUCCAUCCUAACCAGCAUUGAUGCAUCCAAGCCCUGGUCCAAAUGCACCUCAGCCACCAUCACAGAAUUCCUGGAUGACGGCCAUGGUAACUGUUUACUAGACCUACCACGGAAGCAGAUCCAGGGCCCCGAGGAGCUCCCAGGACAGACCUACGAUGCCACCCAGCAGUGCAACCUGACCUUCGGCCCUGAGUACUCGGUGUGUCCCGGCAUGGACGUCUGUGCCCGCCUCUGGUGCGCCGUGGUGCGCCAGGGCCAGAUGGUGUGUCUGACCAAGAAGCUGCCGGCUGUGGAAGGGACACCGUGUGGGAAGGGGAGAAUCUGCCUGCAGGGCAAGUGUGUGGACAAAACCAAGAAAAAGUACUACUCAACAUCAAGCCAUGGCAACUGGGGGUCCUGGGGACCCUGGGGCCAGUGUUCUCGCUCAUGUGGGGGAGGUGUACAGUUUGCCUAUCGCCACUGCAAUAACCCUGCACCCAGAAACAGUGGCCGCUACUGCACAGGGAAGCGAGCCAUCUACCGCUCCUGCAGUGUCAUGCCCUGCCCGCCUAAUGGUAAAUCUUUUCGUCAUGAGCAAUGUGAGGCCAAAAACGGCUAUCAAUCUGAUGCAAAAGGAGUCAAAACAUUUGUAGAAUGGGUUCCCAAAUACGCAGGUGUCCUACCAGCAGAUGUGUGUAAACUGACUUGCAGAGCCAAGGGCACCGGCUACUACGUGGUCUUUUCUCCAAAGGUGACUGACGGAACUGAGUGCAGGCCCUACAGCAAUUCUGUCUGCGUGCGCGGGAAGUGUGUGCGCACUGGCUGCGAUGGCAUCAUUGGCUCAAAGCUGCAAUAUGACAAGUGCGGGGUGUGCGGAGGAGACAACUCCAGCUGUACAAAGGUGAUUGGGACCUUCAAUAAGAAAAGUAAGGGCUACACUGACGUUGUGAGGAUCCCUGAAGGGGCAACCCACAUAAAAGUCCGACAAUUCAAAGCCAAAGACCAGACUAGAUUCACUGCCUACUUAGCCCUGAAAAAGAAAAAUGGUGAAUACCUAAUCAAUGGAAAAUACAUGAUCUCCACCUCUGAGACCAUCAUCGACAUCAAUGGAACCGUCAUGAACUACAGCGGUUGGAGCCAGAGGGAUGACUUCUUGCACGGUAUGGGCUACUCAGCCACAAAGGAGAUCCUAAUAGUGCAGAUUCUUGCAACAGACCCAACAAAAGCUUUAGAUGUCCGCUACAGUUUUUUUGUUCCCAAGAAGUCUACUCAAAAAGUAAACUCUGUCACUAGCCACAGCAGCAAUAAAGUGGGAUCUCACCCUCCACAACUGCAGUGGGUGACAGGUCCCUGGCUUGCCUGCUCUAGGACCUGUGAUACAGGCUGGCACACCAGGACGGUGCAGUGCCAAGAUGGAAACCGGAAGCUAGCCAAGGGAUGUCUUCUCUCUCAGAGGCCUUCGGCAUUUAAGCAAUGUCUGCUGAAGAAAUGUUAGCCUGUGGUGUGUGCUCUUGGGCACAAAGAAGACUGUAGGAUCCAUCACUGUGGUGAACAUGAGGUCUACCCAACGCACAGAAAGUCAUGCUUCCUUGUCAUUGUCACCAGGAGUCCAAUUAUGGGCAGAAUCUGCUCUCUGCGACCAAAAGAAGAUGUACACUGCUUCGUGUGACAAUGGUGACCUUGGAAUAUAGGAAAACUUGGUAGUUAUUGAACAUCCCCUGGACCUACAAGAACGGAAAACACACUGACGAAUGUAGAAUCAGGGGACAUUUGAAGAUGGCAGAACAGUUUCCCCCCUUGUCACCUACCUCUUACAGAAUGUCUUCAAAGACAUUGUAAUCAUUUUCACCCAUGAUGCACAGUAGCUUAUUUUUACUGUUUGUAAAUACCUUCUCCCUUGGUAUGUCACUUUAUAUCACUUGGUUCUAUUAAAUAUAUAUAUAUACAUAUAUAUAUAAAUAUAUAUAUAUAUAUUUCUAUAAAAUAGUGUUUGACCAAAGUAGGUCUGCAGCUAUUUCAACUUCUUCCAGUUUCCAGAAAGAGCUGUGGAUGUUUUACUGGAAAUUAAGAACUUGCUGCUGUUUUAAUAAGAUCUCAUGUGUUUUCUGACUACAAGAGAUAGAUGAAAGGUAUUCAAAAACCAUUUUAACAGCAAGCAUCUUCUGAGAAAUUCUGAAAAAGAAAAGGAUCUCAUUGUAUCUAGUCAUUUAAAUACACACACGGGUCCAUUUACUGAAAUCUUUGAAUGCCUGUAUUUUUUUCAGGCAGCCAGCCAAAUUAAUAUAUUCUUAGGAUAUAGAAGUAGUGUGUGUGUGUACGUGGUCAGCAUUCAAGAGUGUAAAACUCAGUUUCCUAGUGUUGGAAUUUAUAGGGAAAAAAACAAAAAUGUCAUCCAGUUUUCAAUUUAGAUUUUCACAACUGCUUUCUCUUUCUCUGGCUCUCAUUUGAUAUCUCACAAUGUGUAAUAUAUAUGCAGAACCCACAUCCAACAUCCUCAACACUGGUAUACCUCUUACCAGCAAGCCUUUAAAAUGUGUUUGUUUUUGCUUGUUUGUUUGUUUUUUUGAUGGGUUCCAAAACACUUGCAAUGUUUUGUACUUCUUGUCAACCUGGUUUAAUAGGAAUAUUAAAGAUAACUUGGAAAUUAGUCACAGCUAGAAGAGAUCUUUAUCAUUAAUAUUGUUAGUGCAAAGAAAAAAACAGUGAUUAACAUGAAUAAGACUGUUUCCACACCACAGGCAAUGAUUUCUUAAUAUUUUAAUAUAUUUCUACCAUACUAAAGAUUUUUCCCAAUUGGAAAGUGUUUGGUUGUAUCAGUAAGUGUUUGAGUGAUAAAAUAUGAUUUCCAGGAAGAUUUUGCUCUUAUUUCCAGAGCCUGUCUAAGUAGUUUAUAAGUUUGAAUAGUUAGAUGUUGAAAAUAUUUUACAAUCAUGCACAUAAAAGUCUUUUUUUAGACUAUAAACUACAUUUUCCCAUUUCAUAACUCAGAAAAUCAAAGGUAUUUUUUUCACUGGGAUUUCUUUCUUCUUUGUGAAAUAUUGCAAAGUCAAUUAACUGUUUUAUAUGAAAUUUUAUAAUAAUCAUACCAAAUGUGCCUAUUGUUAAAGAUUUGCAUAUAAUCAUUUUAAGGAAUUGUUGAUUGAGUUCCAUUACACUUAUGAGAGUUUAUUUUUAUUAUAUGAUAUUUAUAACAUAAAAGAAUUACACAAUUGAUAUGGCUUUUCACAUCUAUUUCAGUGGAUCAGGAAUAUGAAUGUCUCAUUCUUUGAAGUAUUUUCCUAGGAAAUUAUUUUUUAAAACAGAUAAUAGUUUUACAAAACAAAUGACCAUGCUUCAGAUUUUCGCAGACUGAUUUUUCUUUAGAAUUAGUAGUUUUAUCUUAAGAAGUUA